GUAUAAAGCAGCGACAACCAUCCACCAUGGUGCCCACUCAUAUGCACGAUUCGCGCACGAUUGCUGAAUCAACCACAUCUUCAUCGCGACCCAUCUUGGAACGACCGAGCAUUUCUACGACCACCGCGACCAUGGAUGACAACGGCAAAGCCCCAAUGCCCACCAACAGCACCAACGGUGCUCACGCAGCGCGCCGCGCUGAUGAGCCCAUCGUGAAGGUCCAACCUCCACGCCGCGAGGACUUGCAGCCCAGCUAUGCCCGCGUUAUCGAGCCAGAUGAUGCUGACGCUGACACCCACGGCUGGUAUGGUGGAAUGGUCAACGCACUCGGUGGCAUCAUUGGAACCCUCGGCGCUGUGCCUUGCUGCAUCUGCUGCCCGAACCCUUACCAGCCCGUGAACCAAGGAAACGUCGGUCUCGUCACCAAGUUUGGGCGGUUCGCGCGCGCCGUCGACCCCGGUCUUGUCUACAUCAACCCUCUGUCCGAGAAGCUCGUUCAGGUCGAUGUCAAGAUCCAGAUCGUCGAAGUGCCCAAGCAGGUCUGCAUGACCAAGGACAACGUCUCCCUGCAGCUCACCUCGGUCAUCUACUACCGCAUUACUUCGCCACACAAGGCCGCCUUCAGCAUCUCCAAUAUCCGCCAAGCUCUCGUCGAGCGAACUCAGACUACGCUUCGCCACGUCGUCGGCGCCCGUGUUCUCCAAGACGUCAUCGAGCGCCGUGAGGAGAUUGCGCAGUCGAUCCGCGAGAUCAUUGAAGAGACGUCCGCUGGUUGGGGUGUCGAAGUCGAGUCUAUGCUAAUCAAGGAUUUGAUCUUCAACCAGGAUUUGCAAGACUCGCUCUCCAUGGCUGCCCAGUCCAAGCGUACUGGUGAGGCCAAGGUCAUCGCCGCCCGCGCCGAAGUCGAGAGCGCAAAGCUCAUGCGUCAAGCUGCGGACAUCUUGUCUUCUGCCCCUGCUAUGCAGAUCAGAUAUCUCGAGGCCAUGCAAGCUAUGGCCAGAUCUGCGAACUCAAAAGUCAUUUUCAUGCCAGGUCCGAGCGAUUCGGGCAAUAUAGUGGCCAAAGCGAUUGAAGAUGAUGGCCAUUCGGCAAUUCCAUCCGGAUCCUCAUACGGCCAACAGCCUGGUGGAAUCCAGCAGACGGUCAAUGCCCGGGUUCUUGAGGAUCUUUAGGUGGCCAAGGUAAUUUUCCUGCCCGCGCGGAACCAAACUGUCCAGAGCGCGCUGGCACAAGCCGAUGCCGCUGGCGAAGGCUCAUCAACUACAACGCCGACUUCAGCAUGGGGAUUCAGAGUUUUACCGAGCAGGAGUACGGCUCGGGUAACUAUAGCUUUCAGAGUACAGUCAACUCAAGAAACAUCGAGCAGAUGUAGACCUGAUAAGUCUAUAUCUGUAGGUGAAGAGCGAGCAUGACAAUGGAUGAUGGAUGGCGGGUGUUGAGCGGAUUACUUUUGGGACGUUUGAUACCAGGAUGGAUUGCGUUUUCUUGAUACCCUACGAUAUUGCUCAGUCAUUCGCUAUGUGCGUAAUCUAAUUAUAAUGCUAUUUAUACGGAAAACGUCCUGAUCG